CUCCAUCGAAACACACGCGUAUAAAGGCAGAUCAUUUGAGUAACAAAACAAGUUUCUCCCAGCAUCGGACUGCACUCAGCUCAUCACUGCUACACACUCGCUUUUAUCAUCACUGAUCGUUCACAUCACCGCUACUGAGAUGGAUUUGUUGACUGACAUUCAGCUGAAAGACAUGGUGGAAAAUCUGAAACAGCAGCUGGAUUUCCCGAGAGAGAAAAUGUCCGUGUCCGUCCCCGAGCUGCUGAAAUGGGUCGAAGGCAAGAUGCCCGAGGAUCCGUUUCUGAACGCCGAGCUGCUGAAGGCCAACCCAUGGGUGGAGUCCGGAAAAUGUGUGGUUCUCUAGCAGAAGCUGGAACCUUCUAGAAAUGUUUUGUUGUCA